AAUGCAAAUGGAUAGCUCAGAUGAAGUCCCUGAUAACCCUCUUUACAAUCCUACCAAGUAAGACAUGGAGAGUGACGAGUCAAGUCAGUGUUAUGAAUUAGGCAAUAGUGAAUUAAAAUAAAAUAGGUCCAACCUAGGCAAAAAAACAAGAAGCAGAAGGAACUGUCCAAGGUAGAAAACACCUUUCUUGGAGGAGCAAACCUUUUGAAACCCCUGAGUGCACAUUCAAAGGACUACAUGUCACACCUCCAGACAUUCUUCGUAGUCCUCUUGAGUACUUUAGAAAGUUCAUAACAACAGAAAUGCUUGAAUUACUCAAAGAACAAACACAUUUGUACAGUGUACAAAAGUCGGAAAAGCAAAACAAUGUGAACACCACUGUAAAAGAACUGGAAAUCAUGAUUGGUCUUUAACUGCGAAUGGGUCUUUGUCAACUGACAGGAAAUUGUGCGUACUGGGAAAAUGACACAAGAUGUCCCAUGGUUGCUGAGGUCAUGUCACAUAAUCGUUCUCAGAACCUGCUGGUCAAUUUAUAUUUCACUGACCACACUGACUUAUCAAUCAGGCAAGCAGAAGAUAAGUGUUGGAAGAUCCGGCCAUGGUUGGAUAUGUUUCGCAAACAAUGUCUGGAUAUCACUCCGGAAGAGCACAACUCGAUUGAUGAGCAAAUGGUGUCAUUCAGAGGGACACACAGUCUAAUAAGAAAGUAUGUGAAGGGCAAGCCCCAUCCUUGGGGGUUUAAAAUUUGGAGUCGCUGUUCUUCCUCAGGAAUCUUUUAUGAUUUUGUCGUGGUCAAGCUUUGUGAAACUCUUCCGUCAGACCAGAAUUACAAAGUGUUUGCCGACAAUCUUUUCUCUUCAGCACCGCUGGUGCUCAACCUUCUUCAACGAAAGAUCUACUUUGUGGGAACUCUGCGUGGCAAUCGCUUGGCUGGGUGUCAGCUUGAAGAUGAGAAAAGUCUUGCCAAGACAGGAAGAGGAUCUAUUGACGCCAGGGUGGAAAAAAGAAGAAAGGCUGGCCAUUGUCAAGUGGUAUGACAACAAAUCUGUUAUCUUGAUCUCAUCCUACUGUGUAGUUGAGCCUCAAGAUACCGUCCGACGCUGGAGCAAAGCAGACAAGAAAUUUUUAGAGGUCAGAUGGCCACACAUUGUAAGGGAGUACAACACGCUCAUGGGAGGAGUAGAUCUCCUUGAUGGAUGCAUUGCAAGGUGCAAGUACCACAUGAGGUCACGGAGGUGGUACCUGUACUUGUUCUGGCACAGCAUCAUGUUAGGUCUGGUUAAUGCAGGGUUGAUCUACCGCCGUGACUGUAAACUACUUGGUGUCAAAAAUACACUGCGACAAAAGAGCUUCCAGGCGGAAGUUGCCACUAGCCUCAUUCUUACGCAGACACGAAGAGGCCGACCAUCACUUAGCGAAGCAUCUCCGUCACCACCCCCACCCCCCAAGAGAGUUCGUGUUGGAGUUCCAGAUGAUGUUCGCUCUGAUCAAGUUGCACACUGGCAUCUGAAAUGUGAAAAACGUGGACGCUGCAAACUCUGCAAAGUUUACGCAACUACCACCCUCUGUGAGAAAUGUGAUGUGUGUCUUUGCCUCACCGAGGAACGAAACUGUUUCAAGUUUUACCAUUUGGCAUAGGCUAAAAGGCUUGUCCGAUACUCAACAGAGGAACGAACUUUGAACAUUUUUCAGACAUGGUGCUGAUGAUGUGGGUUCUAUUUUUCAUCAGCAUUUUUAUUUAUUUGCACAUCUAAUGUUUACAGGUUUGUUGUUCCGUUCUCUGUACCCAUGGUAGCUUGUUAAAUGCCCCAAAAUAAGCAGUAUUAUUUAUUUUUGAUACAAUUCCAAUAUUUAUUUUUUUACACUAAGCAAAGCUAAAUAAUUUUAUGUUAAAUCUUGUCAUUAAAGUCAGAGCUUUGAUAUGUGUUGUUAAAAUGCAAAUAAAAAGGCAGUUUACAUGUUGCUGAGCACUAAAAAUGGUCAUGUUUACUUACUGUUAAAUUAAGAACAUCUUUACUACUAACGCCCAAUGUGGCAAAUAUGUAACAAUGCAGAUCUAUGGUAUGAAAAACUUUUAUUUUGAAAAAAACAUCAAAAAUGUGUUUCAUGUGGUCCACUUGGUCUGUGGUAUACACCACAUAAUUUUCAUGCAAGGAAAAAUGG